AGUGUCAGUUUGUUUAUUGGCGUUUUUUUUUGUUUGAGUUUUGGUUGUUUUUUCUUAUUGAUUUUCUUUCUUCUAAUUAAUUCCAAUGGAAUUGUCAACUGAAGCAUUUCUCAACAAUGUUGACGAAGAAGCGAACAACAGUGUGAACAAUGUUAGUGAUUCUCUUGGUGGUGGGGACGUUGAUGUCUCCGUUGUUGCUGGUGAAAAUGAUGAUGAUCAAAAUGAACAACAUCCUGAGGAUAAUGAUGAUGAAGAAGAUGAUGAUGAUGGUGAUGAAGGUGAUGAUAUAAAUAUUAUCAUCGGUGAACUGAAAGCACCUGAACCACCAACAUAUCAACCUCUUAGUUUCAAUAUCGCUAAAAGGGCGACAAGUGGUAAAUCAAAAAAUGUUGGCCUUGAUUUGGACGCUGUUGGUAUUUAUGAAGGUUCAUCAAUUCUUGAUUUUGAUGUUGAUACAAUGAAAGAGAAACCCUGGAGAAAACCGGGAGCCGAUUUAACCGAUUAUUUCAAUUAUGGUUUUAAUGAGAUGACAUGGAAAUCUUAUUGUGAGAAGCAUAAGAAAAUUCAACAAAUGUUAACCGGAGGUGGCGGUGGAUCUUCAGAUGAUGAACCAGUUAUCAAAAGAGAUCAACCAAUUUCAAUUACCACAAGUCAAGGUCCAAAUACUAGUCCACCAAAGGAAUCGACAAUACCUGUUGCCAGUGUAAACGAGAAUUCCAAAUACUCGGGAUUAGGAUUAACAAAGAAAGCUGGUCCUCCACCGGGUAGAAAACCUUCAGGUACAAUUGAUGUUAUCGGCGGUGGUACACCAAGUACUCCAUCAAUGAUUGCCAGUCGUCGACCGCCCGAUACACCGGAACAACUUGAUCACUCCGGUGGUAAUUUUGGUCCAAUUUUAGCUCCACCACCACCACCAACUAUGCAAUCUUUAUGGUAUCCACCACCUCCAUUUGGUAUUCCACCUCCUCAUGUUGGAAUGAAUAUUUUCCCACCUCAUCCUGCUAGUGUUCCAACAAUUAACUGUCCACCAGUUGAUUAUGGAAUGUUACCAAUUAAAAGAAAAUACGAAGAAGAACCAGAAAAAAAGGAACAUCGAACUACCUCAUCAUCAUCAUCAUCAUCAUCUAAACGUCGAAGUGAAAGAGAUGACAAAGAUAAACGAGAAGAUAAAGAUAAAAGAGAUGAUAAAGAUAAACGUGAUGAUAAAGAUCGAAGAGAUCGUCGUGAUUUACAAACCUCAAAAGAUGAUCGAGAUCGGCGAAGUGGCCGUGAAAGUAGUAGUCGUGAAAAAUCUGGUCGAAACUCGAAACGAGAUGAAACUCGUCGAAAAAGUCGAGAUAAAGAAGACAGAGAAAAAAGAACCAGAAGAUGAUCGACUAAUAAUAAGAAUAUAUUUUUUUCUUCUUCUUAAAUACUUAUUUAAAUAAUCUAAAAUUCCUCCAAUCAACAAAUCAAACAAAACCUCUCUCUC